UCCGGUGGAGUGGGCGUGUCUUAAACUGUCAACUAACCUAUGAACAACAAUAACAAACAGAACACCAAGGGGGUUCCGGGAAUGGGGAGGAGGCAUGUGAUCUGAUGUGUUGCUGAAAUCAGGCUCUCCCUUUGGUCUCUGCUACAUCAGAGAUACCUGCUCAGGGCUGGAACCAUGGAGUCAUCCUCUGACGAAGAGGAGGUGCGCACCUUCGUCCAAGUCCUCAGUGAGAAGUACGACCCAGAGAAUUUCCCCUACGGCCAAGGCCUGGGAGUGGUGGUUCUGCCCAGCCCUCCGGGAUCCCCUGUCAAGGAUCGCCUGUUCCUGCCCAGUGCGCUGGUACUGAAUUACUGUGGAAUCAGUAAAGCUGGUGACAAGUCAAACAUUGCAACUUUCUGUGCCCAUGUGGUAGAGCUGGACCUGUCCUACAAUCAGCUGAAUGACUGGGGAGAGAUCUGCACCAUCGUCUCCAACAUCCCCCACCUGGACUUCCUCAACCUGAGCAGGAACCCUCUGAACGGCGUGGAGCUGGAGCCCGGCAUGGCCGAGAUUUUCUCCAGGGUCCGACGACUUGUCCUUAUUAACACACACGUCAGCUGGGACACCGUGCACACGCUCACGCAACACACACCGGAGCUGGAGGAGCUUUUCCUGUGUCUGAACGGCUACACCACCGUGUCAGAGUCCCAGACGCCCUGUCCGUCACUCCGCCUGCUGCAGAUCACAGACAACCAGCUGCAGCAUUGGGCAGAGGUGAGGAAGUUCGGUGCGAUGUACCCGUGUCUGAGCACACUGGUGCUGGCCAAUAACAGCGUGGACUCCGUGGGAGACACUCGGGAAACACUGCAGCACCUCUACCCCAACCUGCGCAGCAUCAACCUCAACAACGCAGGGCUUAGUAAAUGGGAGGACAUUGAAAGGCUGAAUUUCUUCCCUAAGCUGGAGGAAGUCAAAGUAAUGGGGAUUCCUUUACUGCAGCCUUACACCACCCACGAGAGACGCAGCCUCCUUUUAGCACAGCUGCCAUCUGUAGUGGUGCUGAAUGGGAGCGCAGUGUCUAAAGGAGAGAGAGAGGAUGCUGAGAGGUUCUUCAUCAGGUACCAGCAGGAGCGGCCAGAACAGGAGCCUCCUGAGAGGUACCACAUCCUUGUGUCCAAGUAUGGUCACCUGGCCCCGCUGGCAGAGGUGGACCUGAGCCCCCCCUGCACCAUGGUGGACGUUCGCUGGGGGGAGAGGGUGGAGGCAGUCAGCCUCCGCCUGGAGCAGACGGUGGGCGACCUGAAGAAACAACUCAGAGAUCUGCUGCAGCUGCCCACCAACGGGAUCCGGCUUUUCUACAUCAACCGGGAGAUGUGCUCGGUGCUGGGACCUGAGGAGUUGAAGUGCGGCUGCCGGGCCCUCCACUCCUACAGCAUCCGAGAUGGGGACGAGAUUCUAGUUGUGCCCAAAGUCAAAAGCCGCUGCAGCUCCUCAGAUAUAUGAGUCCGGCUUCAAAUAAAUGGGACUUAAGGGUUUUUAGAUAAUGGACACUUACUGGAUAUUAAGCUUUGACUUGAGCCUUUUUUUUUUUUUUUUUUUUUAGAUUAAAAACAGGUUGAUAUUUCCAGCCUUGAAUGUAAGGAUGUUUGCUGCCCACCGCAUUGAACAAAUUUACACAAUAGUAUAUUUGCACAUAGGAGUUCCACAUUCACAAAGUUCGUAACUUGAGUGCAAGUCGCACAUUUUUUCACUUAAAGUGGCUUAAGAUAAGAAAAUAAUUUGCAUCUCAUUUAUGAAAAAUCUUAUGCAAAAUCCAGAUGUGGUGCGAGACGUUUUCUCCACACAAAAAAAAAAACAGCUGCCAUUAUUAUAAUUGGACGCACAAAUUGCACAUUGAUUUCUAAAACUAGAACCACUUUAUAAUUGGUGUUUGGGAUUGAAGGGAAAUUUUUUUUUAAUGACUUUUGGGUGAAAAGAUCAUUUUAAACCAAUCUACUCCGUCACCGUGGCAAACAACGACCCUUAAUGACUGAAUUCACUUAGUCGUCACACGACCUUUCAACUUGUGGCCAAGAAUUUCAGAAUAAUGUACAGUUCACAUUUGCAUUAUGAAAUAACUAUUACAAAAAAAGUAAUUUGCUGAGCUUUACUCAAGCAGAGUAAGUUGAUUAAGAUGAGAAUAAUUCUCUCGCUCUUCUUCCUGACCAGUCGCCUUCACAUGACUCUGGUUGAAUAUCCCAGGAUAACCCCCCCUGGGCUGAUGCACAAACGCAUUGUGUUUGGGAUAACAUAGAGCACAUGGCUGUUACUCAGUCAAGGCGCCCUGGCAGAAAGACGAGACAAGUCUGAGGUGAGCUCGGGUCUGCGACGGAGAGAAGAAAGGAGCGGUGAUGCUCAAGUUACUGCGGGUCUUCUGGCCGUCCCGCUCAUGAAUGGAGCGGCUCUCUGUCCCUGCAGAGGCAGCUGAGAAACGUUGAGGCCCAGGCUGUGCGGUAACCACACACCAGCCGCUGUGUCACGGACACUGCGGCCACGUUUAAGUUAGAAUGGGUUCACCCAACAGGCUCGAGCCCCUCACCUGUUCACCUGAAUCUGUCCUUUACAUCCGUCUCGCCAACCUGACACUUCUGGUGUCCGCUGUUUCACAGGAUGUGAGGUCGUGAACUCUAGAGCCGAACAUUCUUCGGAAAGACACGUAACCUACCGAUGACGAUAAAAUCAAAGAUGAAAUAAAGAUAGAAAAACGACGCGUGGUGCUGAGCUGAGCGUCGCGUGAGCUGAUCAUGAUACAACUUCGUUUGUCAUUUAUGCAACUGACAAAGUGGCGCGGAUAUUGUUGCUAGUUUAUCUAUGUGAUUAUGGGACACAAGUUUAUAUACCGACUGAGAGAGGAAGAGUUUUUUUCUCCUACACUGUUUGACUGUGUGUUGUAUUCUUUUUACUCCUUCUACCACAUGCUGAGAAAUCUUAUCGUCCACCUUUCCAUUUGUAAUCGCUGAAACUACUUCCCCUCUCAGGACAGCCACGGAAGUACUGGUUGUCCGGGUCGAUGCGUAAUUGCAAAAACAGUCGGCAGGCAGAGAACAGUGGAAAGGAAAGCCUGUGGCUACACGUGGAGUUAGAGCAGUUUCCAGUGAACUGGACCUGCACAAACACGGGGAAACUUGCAAACUCCAUUCACAAACAACCCCACCGGCCAGUGGAUUAGAACCCAGGAUCUUAACGUCUAUGGUAGCCUCUCAUAUAAAGCUCUCUAGGCCAACACUGACGCACCCUGAGGGGUUUUUAGAGAAGGGUGUACAGCUUUCAGGCUCGGUACAGCUCAGGCCGUUCAGAGGCUCUGAAUGAAAAAUAUAAGCUGUUGUCGUUUUUUUUUUUUUGCUCUGCAUGCAGUGAUGUGUUCUAGCAACGUUCUGACCCGUGUACAGCUCAAACGUGUCUUUAAAGCAGCAUCGCAACUCCCAACAACAACAACAACAACAACAACAACUGCAUUUGUUCAUGGAAAGUGUUGUGAGACUUUAAAUGCAGAGGGGUUUCAAUGUUUUAAAAUGUCUCUCUUGAACACUUUUAUGCCAAUUUUACCUUCAAAGUGGGAAAACAAUGUUUUCGCCUCGAAACCAUGUGAAAAUGUGUUGAGGUGCCGUCAUUUGUUCCUCUGACACAGACUUUUUCUUUUGUAGUAGAUGACUGGAGAUCUCUCUUGUUUGUUUUUUUUCUGUCUUGAAUCAUUAGCAUUAUACUAUAUCAUGACAGAGUGGAUACAUGGGAAGUAAUGGGAUGAGCGUUUGGGAGCGCUGUGCUGGUUUGCAUGUUCUGAUAUUUCUCGAUGUGUUUUGAUUUUUUUUUUUUUUAAAUGUGUGAGACGUGUCAUUUCAGGGAAAACAACGUUGUUUAUGGGCAUUUGUAAUUUUGACAUUUCCACCCUCAUCUUUAUCCUUCAGUAAUACCAAAUACAAAGAUUAUUGUUAUUAAUUAAAGAGAACUAUAAGAUAGUUGCUAAAUCUAUAAUACAGUUUGCCUUGUGCUGUUUAGUCUACGGUGUUUAAUUUAUGUCACGUUUGCUUUCUGUAGUUUCUUGUGUGUAUCUUGACAUUUGUUUUCUUUCUUGAGAUCAUAAUGCUAUUUCCUCACCACUGUACUGUACUGUAAAAUGGGGCUUUCACUUCACUUAAAAAAAUAAAUUAUAAUUAUUCCACCUCA